UCACACAGUCACUUUGUCAUUUCUUAUUCUAAUGACUUUUAAACCUAUUGGCCAAAUUCUGCAAAACUUGGUUUUUAGAGGCCAUGCAGGCGUCAUGUAAAGAGGUGGGGAACGUCCCUUCCAGCUCCUCCCGACAAAGGAAAACUUGUGGCAUUCUUUGAAUUACCAGAGAUUCCAAGACAAAAAGGGGGAGGAAGUAAGAGUCAAAAAUGCAUUUAAAAUAGCUUGUGUUAGUAUCUCAAAACACAAGGGCAAAUACACAUCUAACUCUGGUAAUUCUCCAAGGAACAUCUCAGUUCUCAGCACGCAGAGGAAACCUGAAGAGCACAUAUUAAUGUGUGAAUGAAACGCCUCCUUCAACUCCGUAACCAGCCUCUCCCCUUCCCCGACAAUGAGGCAAUAUUUCCUAGAGGGUGUAACGUUUGCCGAGAGUAUUUGCAGCCCGGCGGUUGCGACACGGGGCCGGGGAGGUGAGGUUGGGUGGGUUGGCCAUGGGAGGUCACCCGGGGAGGGUGAAGGUAACGCAAGGUUCACAAGGCCUGGAGCUGAUCCCAGGCAUUGUGAUCCACCAGGAAAACCCAGAGAACGUUCUGGAAGGUCACAGUGUCCCCAGGGAGCAGUGCCAGGGCAUUCACAUCAACUCGGCCACACUGGAGGACACAGGGCCAACCCGGAGAGGUCGAAUCGCAGCCAAGUUCCACCCGCCAUUGACUUUUCCCUUCGCUUUUAGGCCAGGCAGAGAUGGCUUUUGUGCCAACCAGGAGGAAAGAGGACACCCCAUCCAUGACGCAACAAGGGGCUGGAUCCUCCUCAGCUGCCAGAGGUGAGUCUGCUACUUGUACCAGCUCUGAAGUGGAGCUUGACAGAGCCAAGCCUAGUGAGAACGGAACAGAUGGUGAGGCACGUCCUCAAGAAAAACAGCCAGAAGAAGAGACACAAAAAGCACCAGUGGGACCAGGACCAUAUUUUUAUAUUGGUGGAUCCAAUGGAGCUGAGCUAGUGAGCAUCUAUUGCCAGAGCAGAGGCUGGCAGCGGAUCUAUGACGACAGAAGAGAGGAUUAUGCUCUGAAAUGGUGCGAAACCAAGUCCCGAAAGACCUAUUGCCGUUUCAAAGAAGGUGAACAGCUUCUCUACCAGAUUCCCAACAACGGAGUCCUCACCAGUAAGAUUGGGCUUUUGUGCUGCCUGAGAGAGCAAGAGCGGACAACAAAAAAGAUCAGCCGGAGCUCUAAUGCCAAGUUACUGAAGAUGGAAGAAUUCUUCCCAGAAUCUUUUCGCCUGGACUUAAAAGACGAGAGAAAUGCCUUUUUUGGGCUUUGUAAAGAAGAACAGAUAUGGAUCUGCAAACCGAGUUGCUCCAACCAAGGACGAGGAAUUUUCCUGCUCAAGAACGCAACUGCUGUCCAUACCCUCCAAGCCAAGCUCCUCAGCACUGAGGAACAUCUGCUCAGCAAGAAGAUGCCCUACAAGUUUCCCCAGGCAAGAAUAGUGCAAAGGUACAUUCACCAGCCGCUGCUCCUGGAAGGGAAGAAGUUCGAUGUCCGCUCCUUCCUCCUCAUCGCCUGCACGGCCCCGUACGUGUUAUUUUUCGCCCAGGGUUAUGUCCGGCUGACCUGUGUCAAUUAUGAUGCGGCUUCUGAUGAUCUGACUGUUCAUCUGACCAACCAGUACAUGCAGAAGAAGAAUUCCCUGUACAGCCAGCUGAAAGACGAGACAGUGUGGCGGAUGGAGCACUUCAACAGCUACGUUAAUGAGAAGUUUGGAAAAAACGGUGGCCUCCCCAAAGACUGGGUUUUCACCGUGUUUACUAAGAGGAUGCAGCAGAUCAUGCUGCAGUGCUUCCUGGCAGCCAAGCACAAACUGGACCGCAAACUGGGCUACUUCGAUCUCAUCGGCUGCGACUUUCUGAUCGAUGAAAACUUCAAGGUCUGGCUUUUGGAGAUGAAUGCAAACCCCGCUCUGCACACCGGCUGCAGAGCCCUGAGCGACACCAUCCCCGCCGUGGUCCACGAGAGCCUCGAUCUGGUUCUGGAGGUUUUCCACAAGUGCCUCAAAGGCCGGCGUGUUUUGCCCUUGGAGACUCUUUGCCGCUUUGUGCUGCUGUAUCACGAGGAUGCUGCAGAGAUGAGGCGGCCGCUCCGGACCGCUCCGUACAUGGGCAGGUUUCUGCGGCCCCGCACGGCCGGGACCAGCCCCCCAAAAGCCCCCAGGAAUUCUUCCAAGAAACUUCAUCAUUCUAGAAGGAAAGAUUCCAGAAAGAACUGUCAACAAACUGUCCUAACUGUACCACACGUGCAGCUCUUCCAUGGGAAAACCCUCUGAAGAGAGAAGGAUUCCACGAGCUCGGAAGACAUACAAAUAAAAGAUAAACUUGAUUGCG